AUGAAGACGAUCCAUUGUCUAACAGCUCUCAGCGUGUUCAGUGCUACACUGGCUCUGCCAGAAAUUGCUGCCAGGACCAAACAGGGCGUAAUGCACGGUGUCCAAGUGCAUGGCAAAGUAGAUGCCUUCCUUGGGAUACCAUAUGCCAAGCCUCCCAUAGGCGACCUUCGAUUCCGCCCUCCACAGCCUCUCGACGACACCGGUGACAACCAGAUAAUCCGCAAUGCAACUCAGUUCGGCCCUGUCUGUUAUCAGUUUCGGUAUAAGACCGUGUUAGGAGACAACCUAGCCCCGACUACCCCUGAGUCGGAGGACUGCUUGUCUCUGAACAUCUUUACACCACGAGCACGCCGAGCAUCCAAAUUGCUGCCCGUUCUGGUCUGGUUAUACGGGGGUGCUUUCAACGAGGGAGGCGCCAGUGUUCCAUUAUUUAACCCUACGGGCCUCGUCGCGAACCACCCCGAACUCAUUGUUGUCACUUUGAAUUACCGUCUCAAUGUGUUCGGAUUUCCCAACUCUCCCGCGAUUCCGAUUGACCAACAGAAUCUUGGUAUUCGGGACCAGCGAGCUGCACUGGAAUGGCUGCGAGAGAAUCUCGCUGCAUUCGGUGGGGAUCCAACCAGGAUCACACUUGGCGGCCAAUCUGCAGGUGCAGAUUCUGCCGCAUUGCUGACCUAUGCAUUCAAAGACGACCCGAUCGUGCAAGGUCUGAUCUUGCAGAGCGGGAUUCCAGAAUAUGUCGGGCCCCAGGAUGAUUUUGUGUUCAUCCAGGCGGCAGACAGAGUCGGAUGCAGAAACGCUGCGAACAGAACGGAUGAGCUAAGUUGCAUGAAAUCAGUCCCAGCGCCAAUUCUGCACCGAGCGCUUUCCAACCUUACAGUGAACCCAUUCGGUACGACUGGAGGUGCUCCAAUGAUUGAUAAUAUCACACUUUAUUCCGCAGAAGAAUAUCAGCGACUUGGCUCGGUUGGCUCUUUUGCGAAUGUGCCUGUCCUGAUGGGCAUCACUAACAAUGAAGGCGAUGGGGUUCUGAACUGGUCUGAAAAGGGUGUCAACAAGACCCUUUCAAACAUCCUCACAACCACAUAUUUCAACUGUCCUAUGUCUCAAGAAGCCUUCUUCCGGGCGAAGCAUCAGGUUCCAGUGUGGCGGUAUCGCUAUAUGGGAGUCUUUCCAACUGUGACUUUCUUCUCAUGGCUAGGAUCUUACCAUCAGGCGGAUAUUGCACUUGCAUUAGGGUCGUACAGGCAUCUCAAGCCUCACGAAAAGCCGCAGUGGUACGAAGUGGCUGCCAGCGAUUACCUUCAGAAUGCGUGGGCAGCAUUCAUCGAGUCUCCGGCGACUGGACUGUCAAGGAAGAUGGGUUGGCCGAUGUACAAUCCGAAUGGCACGACGCUUGUCGAACUUUUCGCUAAUAAUACCCCCACUGCGCGCCUCCGAGAUCCCGCUGAAUUCGAUGCUAUUUGCUCCAAUCCACCUCCGAUUCCAUCAGACAUCUGGUCCCAAGGCCCUCCUUGA